AUGUAUGUGGAAAAAGAAUUGGGACGCACUCCCAUUGAACCAGAGGUUUUCAAAAAGACUCAUGUCAGAAAGAAAGAAAAUGAGUCAGAUCCGGAUGUGUGGGUGGAGGAAAGGGCCGAACGAACUUUUAAUGACUUUAAUAAGUACGUCGUUGAGAAUCUAGAUAGUUCGGUUCAAUUGACACCCGAAUUGUCCACUCAGAUUUGGAAAGAAAAAGUGGUAGGGGGGACACACAAGGGUAGAUGCUAUGGUCUAGGCUCUCGCAACGAUGUUAGACGCCUUCAGUCAGGCUUAGAAGGUAUUGGAUCGUCACGUCAAGCUGAGGCACUUGACGGUGUUCAGAUUGCUGCUAUGUCGGAUCAAAUAACUAAACUUACAGCUGCACUAGCAGAGUCGGAGCGGAAAAGAGUAGCUGAACAACAAAGCAUGAGUGAGACCGUUCAGCAAAUCAAAGAACAAGUGAUGAACCUCGCUCGUCGACCUACUACUUCGGCUCCCGAUGACACCGACGAUGAGAGUGAUGAGGAUGAUUAUGUAGAUCUCAUUCCCUAGUUUAGAUCU